UGGGGGAUGCUGUCGUUUUUUCGAUGAGGGGCCUUUUUUCUUCGGAGCAUUUUCAUUUUCCGAUAAAGCUAAGCCACUUGUCAAAAGGUAUAAAUAGGAGGCCGUUGGUUUUCGCCGUCGCAAUCCCCCAUUUCCUUUUCGACAAACGGCAAACCAGUCACACGUCGAAAAUUCACCAGCCACAUUUUUCUCCCUUUUUCCGUUUUUCCCUUUUUCUUCUGUCGACGACCCCCAAAACGGUUGAUUCCAUCCGUAUAAUCAGUUAGUGAGAAAAAAAGAAAAAGAUGUCAGGAUUCAAUAUUGCCACACCUUCCAUGACCACACCGGCGAUGCAAACGCCAUCUGUUCCAACUCCUUAUCAUAAUGCUACGCCAUUUGCUCUUCCUUCUACACCUGCACCUGUUGAUGCUCCCACACCAAGUAGAGAUCAAAAUCCCUAUGCGGUAGCGGGCAUCACACCAACUUUGCAAAAUAUCGUGGCUACCGUAAACUUGGACUGUCGUUUGGAUCUGAAAACCAUUGCUCUUCAUGCUCGUAAUGCAGAGUACAAUCCCAAGCGUUUCGCUGCUGUGAUUAUGCGUAUUCGUGAUCCAAAGACGACGGCUUUGAUCUUUGCGUCUGGCAAAAUGGUGGUGACGGGUGCCAAGUCAGAAGAUGAUUCCAAAUUGGCGGCUCGAAAAUACGCUCGUAUCAUUCAAAAGCUCGGUUUUCAAGCCAAAUUUACGGAUUUCAAGAUUCAGAACAUUGUCGGUUCUUGCGAUGUGAAGUUUCCCAUUCGUCUCGAGGGGCUGGCUUACUCUCACGGACACUUUAGCUCGUAUGAACCUGAAUUGUUUCCUGGUCUUAUUUACCGUAUGGUCAAGCCGAAAAUCGUGCUGUUGAUCUUUGUCUCUGGAAAGAUUGUAUUGACGGGCGCCAAAGUGCGUGAAGAAAUCUAUCAAGCUUUCCAGGCCAUCUAUCCUGUAUUGACGGAAUUCAGAAAGCCCUAAUGUAUGUAAUAUAUAUUCCGGUGGGGUCGUCGUUUGGUCGUUUUAUCUAUGCUUUCUGGGUUCUGCCAUGUCUCUCUUUUCAAGAUAUUGAUGAAAUCCGAUCUGUCAAAUUACUACUUCUCGCAACAAGCAUCUCAAAAAAACAGAAGAAACUCAACAUAUACUACAUUUCGCACGUUUCUUUAUUCAUCAUUUCAAACAUCCCUCUUCCCCUCCCCCGCGUGUAACUCUUUGUACAAACCUACCAUGUCUUUAUUGUAAAAUAUCCAUUCUCUUUUCCAUUAAAAAGAAAGUCAACGAAAAAAAAAUGCAUUGAGAUUAAAUUUUUUUUUCUAUUUUUGUGGAACACAGUUGCGUUAUAG